GUCUUCGUCCUCGCCCUCUGAUUGGCUGCUUCCACUUCGUGCUGUGCUCCGGACGUGCUCGGCUGCUCGUUCACGAGAGUCACCUUGCUGCACCGGUGAAGGAGCGCGGACCGUCCGGCCCAAAGGCACUCAGGCAGAACCGGAUCCGAACGCGGUUCUGCAACCACAAACAUGGCGGAGGCGAAGCCCAAGACCUCACCGAAGUCCAUCAAGUUCCUGUUCGGGGGCUUGGCCGGGAUGGGGGCGACGGUGUUCGUGCAGCCUCUGGACCUGGUGAAGAACCGGAUGCAGCUGAGCGGGCAGGGCACCAAGGCCCGCGAGUACAAGACCAGCUUCCACGCGCUCUUCUCCAUCCUGAAGAACGAGGGAGUCGGAGGCAUCUACACCGGUCUGUCUGCAGGUCUGCUGCGCCAGGCCACCUACACCACCACCCGGCUGGGCAUCUACACCAUCCUGUUUGAGAAGAUGACGGGGGACGACGGACGGCCCCCCAACUUCUUCCUCAAGGCACUGAUUGGUAUGACGGCUGGCGCCGUCGGGGCGUUUGUGGGCACUCCAGCAGAGGUGGCUCUGAUCCGGAUGACGGCGGACGGGCGCCUGCCGGCCGACCAGAGGCGGGGCUACACCAACGUGUUCAACGCUCUGACCCGCAUCACCCGGGAGGAGGGGGUCACCACGCUGUGGAGGGGCUGCAUCCCCACCAUGGCUCGAGCAGUGGUGGUGAACGCCGCCCAGCUGGCCUCCUACUCACAGUCCAAGCAGGCCCUGCUGGACUCAGGUUACUUCGGAGACGACAUCCUGUGCCAUUUCUGUGCCAGCAUGAUCAGCGGGCUGGUUACCACGGCAGCAUCCAUGCCGGUCGACAUCGUGAAGACCAGGAUCCAGAACAUGAGGAUGAUCGACGGGAAGCCGGAGUACAAGAACGGUUUGGAGGUGCUGGUGCGCGUGGUGGGGAAGGAGGGCUUCUUCUCGCUGUGGAAGGGCUUCACGCCGUACUACGCCCGGCUGGGCCCGCACACCGUGCUCACCUUCAUCUUCCUGGAGCAGAUGAACCGCCUCUACAAGACCUACGUGCUGGACCGCUAGCACGUGCACGCACGCGCCCGGACCGUGCACGCGCUCAGGCGCGCGCUCGAGGGGCGGGUCUGGGAGCAGAGUUCCAGGAGGGGUCCUGCAGACCCCUCCUGGAACUCUGAGGGGGGGUCAAUGACAUCAGUGUUACCGCAGGGACGCACACGUGCACACUCAUAUGCACGCUCACGUGCACACUCAUGGAUUCAGUUCUUUUUGUAAGGAAGAAUGUAAAAGAGUCUUAUUGUGAAACUGUGACUCCGCCCCGACAGCGUCUCCUGUGGUUACCACGGUAACGGGGGCUCACAGCCCCUCUGACCCCCUUGUUUGUCCAGCAGGGGGCAGUCUCUGCUCUCAGUGUAGGCUCUGGGGGGGUUCUUCAGACACCUGUAAAUAAAGGUCUUCAGAACCAGCAGAACUUCUCUGAUCCACUUAGACCCAAAUGAACCAGAAUAAACUUUAUUCUUCCAGAACUUCA